AUGGCCCAGACCUUCAACAUCCUGAUACUCCCCGGCGACGGCAUCGGCCCCGAAGUCAUGGCCGAAGCCAUCAAGCUGCGCCAGGAAUUGAUCGGAGGCUGCAGCAUCGACGCCCACGGCAAGUCCGUGACCGAAGACGUUAAGCAAGCAUCGCUGGACUCAGACGCGGUCUUGUUCGCUGCCGUGGGCGGCCCGAAAUGGGAUAAUGUUCGUCGGGGACUAGACGGGCCAGAGGGAGGGCUGUUGCAGCUGCGCAAGGCGAUGGACAUCUAUGCCAAUCUUCGGCCGUGCUCGUCCUCGUCGCCCAGUGCCUCGAUUGCCAAGGAGUUCAGCCCGUUCCGGCACGAUGUUAUCGAGGAUGUGGACUUUAUUGUUGUACGAGAGAAUUGUGGAGGUGCUUAUUUUGGGCGUAAAGUUGAGGAUGCUGAUUAUGCGCGUCACUCGUCUCGCCGCAGAAGUGGCCCUCCGACACGAUCCCCCUGGCCUGUGAUCUCACUAGACAAGGCCAACGUCCUCGCCUCAUCGCGACUGUGGCGCCGGGUCGUGGAAAAGACUAUGACAACUGAGUACCCGCAAAUGAAACUAGUCCACCAGCUAGCCGACUCGGCGUCCUUGAUCAUGGCGACGAACCCGCGAGCUUUAAACGGCGUGAUUCUGGCCGACAACACUUUUGGCGACAUGAUCUCUGACCAGGCCGGGUCUAUUGUAGGGACGCUAGGGGUGCUACCUAGUGCCAGUCUCAAUGGGCUGCCAGGGGACAAGACGUUGAAGACUCGUCCGUAUGGGUUGUAUGAGCCUACCCAUGGGUCUGCUCCGACAAUUGCCGGCCUGAAUAUCGCCAAUCCUGUGGCGAUGAUUCUCUGUGUUGCGAUGAUGUUCCGCUACUCGCUGAACAUGGAAGAGGAGGCUCGACGGGUGGAGGAUGCUGUGCGGAAGGUACUGGACUCGGGGUUGCGCACGCCAGAUCUUGGAGGUAAGGCGGGGACAAAGGAAAUGGGAGAUGCAAUCGUCGCUGCGCUGUAG